GCAACACAGCAACAAGCGUCAUUGAGGGGAUAUGCAAUAAAGUCGCUCGACUAGCUAAUCAACAGGCCUUUCGUCGUGGAACAACAAACAUCUUUGUGAAUAGCAACAGCGUUGUUGCGCUAAUAUUAAAAAAAUGAAAUUCAUUUAGUGCGUCAUGACACAUGGUGGUUAAUUGACAAUAAACAAACAUACCACUUUUCUUGUUUCAUCAAAUACCAUUACUUAAACACGAGUGGGUAAUAUAAAUUCGUCGUAACAGUUGCACGCUACUUAUCAGUCACCGUUAGUGUGGGUAGGUGUCUUUGGGUUGUUCGUAGUUAUUAAAUGAUAAUAGGACUGUAUGUGUUCAUUCAGUGUGUCAUUUUUGAAAUUAGAUUCAAUUACACUGGAUGGUUUUAGGGAUAUUUAUGUGAACUGUGUAACCGUAUCCAAGUGAGGUACCUUCACGUGAAGUACAACCAGUCUUUUUCAGAAGUGUUGGCACUCGCUAAUCGUAAAAUGAAAAGCUUAUAUGCUCUCAAAUUCACAAUUAAAGUUAUCCAGCAUCGAAUUGAGUAUCCAGCACUACGUUAUGUUUCCAGAAUGUCCCAAGUUGGUGAUCCAUCUUCCUAUUCCAAUUCAAACAAUCACGUUACGGAGAAAUUAAAUAUUGACUGGAAAAUAAAUUUCGAUACUCAAAAAAUCAGUGGCUCAGUAAAUCUUUUUCUGAAGAAAGUGUGCUCAAGUGACUUGAAUCCAAACAUUCUUCUUGAUACAAAAAAUUUAAACAUCUUCUCUGUACACAUAAAUUCUCAACCGGCGAAAUGGCAUCUGAGUCCAACUUCUUCACCAAUUUUUGGCUCCAGUUUAGAAAUUGUACCUAAUACUUCUUCGAAUAGCUUUGAAGUUAAAAUCGAUUAUGAAACUUCACCGAACUCCUCUGCUCUUCAGUGGUUAAAGCCACAACUCACAGCUGAUCGUCGUCAACCGUUUAUGUUCAGCCAGUGUCAAGCUAUUCAUGCUCGCAGUCUUCUUCCUUGUCAGGAUACUCCAGUUGUGAAGUGUACUUUUGAAGCUAAGGUAACUGCUCCAAAAGAAACUGUUGUCAUAAUGGGUGCAAAGCGGAUUUCAGAGCCAAAGGCUUCCAACGAUGGACAUCUCACUUAUCAUUUUCAACAAAAUGUUCCUGUUCCCAGUUAUUUGAUUGCUAUUGCUUGUGGUGAUCUAGCUAGCAGAAAAAUUGGUCCACGUUCAUCUGUUUGGGCUGAACCUAGUAUAGUAGAUAAAGCAGCAUAUGAAUUCAGUGAAACAGAACAAAUGAUUUCAGCUGCUGAAAAUAUUUGUGGACCUUAUCAAUGGGGUGUAUAUGAUAUUCUAGUACUUCCACCAACAUUUCCUUAUGGUGGAAUGGAAAAUCCAUGCCUGACAUUUGUUUCACCAACAUUAUUGGCAGGUGAUCGCUCAUUAGCUAAUGUUAUAGCUCAUGAAAUUGCUCAUUCAUGGACUGGUAAUCUAGUAACAAAUUCAACUUGGGAACAUUUUUGGUUGAAUGAAGGGCAUACAAUGUAUUUGGAACGUUUAAUCAUCGAAAGUCUAUACGGUUCGCAUAUGAGACAUCUUCAUUUAAGUUUAGGUUAUAGUGAACUUAAAGAAGAAGUGAAUAGACUAGGUGAAUUACACCCGUUUACGAAGCUUAUUCCAAGCUUAGAAGGGAUUGAUCCAGAUGAAUCGUAUAAUCGAAUUCCAUAUGAAAAAGGAUGUCUUUUACUUUACUACUUAGAAACUUUAUAUGGAAAAGAAAAAAUGCUCAAUUGGUUAAAGUCAUAUGUGAAACAAUUUUCUGGCUCAUCGUUGAAUUCCGACAGUUGGUUAAAGUUUUUCUCCUCUCAGAUAGACUCUAAGCUACUUGAUCCAAACAAUGAAAUACAUAUAUGGAUGCACAGUCCAGGUCUACCUCCUUGGGUACCAAAAUUUGAUGCUGGUGAUCUGUUUGCUGAAUGCGAUAGUCUGCUUAAAUUAUUCACUGCACACGAUCUACAUUCCGAUACGACAAAAAUACAAAGUUUAACUAACCUAUGGAAUAAAUUGUCUCAUAUACAAAGGGAAUUAACUCUACGCAAUGUGGUUGAAUCUGAACCAGUAGAAAUCAAUAAUUUAUGCAAAAUUGAUGAAGUUUUAAAACUAUCCAAACAGAUAAAUGCCGAAAUACGAUCACAGUGGUGCCUAAUCUGUAUACGUUCCCGUCACUUGCCUUCAUUAGACCACAUCUUUGAGUUUCUAAAUGGUCAAGGUCGUAUGAAGUAUACCCGUGCAAUAUAUCGUGCAUUGGUUAAAUGGCCGGAGGCUAAGGAGCGUACAAUAUCCAAUUUUCGCGAACAACGUCCAUUUAUGCACCAAACAACUGCAAUGCAAGUUGAAGUUGAUUUAGGACUUCAAGAAAAGGAGACAGCUGCGUGUACCGCUUAAACUAUAUAUCAGAUUUCCAGAUGUUAUGUUAUUAAUUCAUUUUGGUGUUUUAUGUGUUUUCAUAAAUAUUUAAUAAUCCC